UUCGUGAAUAUUCUGUAAAUAACAAUGAAAAACUUGAAAUUCGAGAGAAAUUUUUGAUUGCUGAUAAAUUAAUUGAAUCAUUAUCAAUUACAUCAAGAAAUUUAGAUUCUAAAUUUACUAGCAAACUUAUCAAUACACAGGAGAUUAAAACAUCAUUAACUACAUUUAAAAAGCACCCAGAUUUUAUGUAUACUACUAGACUUAUAAACACAUUAGAAAUUCUAGAUGCUUAUAGCAGGUCUAUUGAAAUCAAUAAAGCAGGUUAUGAAUAUAUUAAAAAAUUGAAUAGUUUAGAUUAA